GCGAUAGCGUGUCAGCACCACAGCUGACUUCCGGUUAGCCACGUAGCUCUCCAUGAUAAUUUUCCUCGGGACCGGUUUUUGCAGUAGUAGUGUAUGCUUCACUUCGUGCGGAGAAACAUGAGGGUGCUUCUAGUCGUCGGUGCCAUCGUGGCCUGUGUCGUCUUCUUACUGCUGCCAAACCAUGAGACUGAGGCGGCUAAGGGUCCCAAAGUGACGGACGUGGUUUGGUUUGAUAUCGAGAUCGGAGGCGAGAGUGCGGGGAAGAUUGAGAUCGGACUGUUCGGCAAGACUGUCCCCAAAACAGUCAAGAACUUCAUCGAACUGGCCGGACAAAAAAAACCAGACGGCUACGUCGGCAGUGUUUUCCACCGUGUCAUCCAACAGUUCAUGAUCCAGGGAGGCGACUUCACUCGUGGAGAUGGCACUGGAGGCAAGAGCAUCUAUGGCGACCGUUUUGAGGAUGAGAACUUCAAGCUGAGUCACUAUGGCCAAGGUUGGCUGAGCAUGGCGAACGCUGGGAAGAACACAAACGGCUCCCAGUUCUUCAUUACCGUGGCAAAGACAGACUGGCUGAACGGCAAGCAUGUCGUCUUUGGAAAAGUUCUGAAGGGCAUGAGCGUUGUGAAGAAGGUUGAAAACACCAAGACAGACGGCAGAGACAGACCUGUGAAGGAGGUGAAGAUUGCGGAUGCUGGACACAAGAAAGUCAAAAAUCCAUUUGCUGUUGAGAAAGAGGCUGCAUCAAUGGAAGAUGUUGAGAUUGAGUAUUAGAACAAGAGUAGCGUUGGGAAUGUAGAAAUCAUUGUCUGUUGUGUUAAAAACCCACCAUUGUAAAGGAACUUUAAUACGUCCUCUCAGGUCUGAAGGAAAUUAUAGGAAGAUGUUUUUUAAAACCUGUCCCUUCUUAUCACGACCCUCUCUAGCAAACAUCUUAAAGACAUCCAAUGCAAUUUCAGGGCAGCAAUUGAAAACAAAACAUAGUUUGGAUGAAAAAAUCUGUCAGAUAUUGAUAUUUUUUCCUAUUUCGUAGCACAUUUUCGUCAUCAUUUCAUGCUUGAAGCAUUUGGUAGCCCCAAAACAAGCAACUGUCAGCAACACCACAUUUUUGCCUCCCAGAUACAUGUACAUGUAUCAGUAUGCUAUGGGAUAGGAUUGAUUCAACUUACUACAUUAAAAGAGUUACCAGAAAAUAGACUUUGUAGAUCCAGUUUUGCUGCCCUGAAAUUGCAUUGGAUACCUUAAAAAUCUCAGCACUGACACAUGUCCCAACAUGAGGCAUAUACAUACUACUAGUAACUUCUACCAGAAUUGUACAAAUAUUGUACUUAACAAUUGUCAGUUUCAUGACAAUCUGGUUAUGUCAUCACUACAGCAACUGUACAACUCUGUAUUGUUUGAUUUUAUGUAGCUUAUUCCAGAGAGCACUACAAAGUAUUAUUGUUAUGGAACUUUCAAGACAAUGAAUCUUAUUAAUAGAAAAGCUUUCUUAUUUUGUAAGAAACAUUCCUUGAGAUGUAACCUGUAGCAGAAGGACUUGUUUCAUUGACAUGUCCUGGUAGGAAGUAAGCUCGUCCAAAAUUUUGUAUAUCUGAGAAUGAUUGCAGCAAUCAUUGACAUACAAGUGUGCCUUCUUUUGAUUCCCACAAAAAAUUUGCCCAAUAAAGAUACACCAUUCUGUGAAAACUGACAACAAA